GAGGCGCAGGUGAGCGCCGCUUCCGGGGUCGGGAGAGCGCAUCGCGGCCGGCUCCGGCUUUCACUCGGUUGGGUGUGCGGGAGACUAUGGCGUCCUCCUCGGUCCCGCCGGCCACUGUAUCGACGCCGACAGCGGCUUCCGGCACAGGUUUCGGCUUCGCUUCCAAAACCAAGAAGAAGCAUUUCGUGCAGCAGAAGGUGAAGGUGUUCCGGGCGGCCGACCCGCUGAUGGGCGUGUUCCUGUGGGGCGUAGCCCACUCGAUCAAUGAGCUCAGCCAGGUGCCUCCCCCGGUGAUGCUGCUGCCAGAUGACUUUAAGGCCAGCUCCAAGAUCAAGGUCAACAAUCACCUUUUCCGCAGGGAAAAUCUGCCCAGUCAUUUCAAGUUCAAGGAGUACUGUCCCCAGGUCUUCAGGAACCUGCGUGAUCGAUUUGGUAUUGAUGACCAGGAUUACUUGGUGUCCCUUACCCGAAGUCCCCCGAGUGAAAGUGAAGGCAGUGAUGGUCGCUUCCUUAUCUCCUAUGAUCGUACUCUGGUCAUCAAAGAAGUAUCCAGUGAGGACAUUGCUGACAUGCAUAGCAACCUCUCCAACUACCAUCAGUACAUUGUGAAGUGCCAUGGCAACACACUGCUGCCCCAGUUCCUGGGGAUGUACCGGGUUAGCGUGGACAACGAAGACAGCUACAUGCUUGUGAUGCGCAACAUGUUUAGCCACCGUCUCCCUGUGCACAGGAAGUAUGACCUCAAGGGCUCCCUAGUGUCCCGGGAAGCCAGCGAUAAGGAGAAGGUUAAAGAAUUGCCCACCCUUAAGGAUAUGGACUUUCUCAACAAGAACCAGAAAGUUUAUAUUGCUGAAGAGGAGAAGAAGGUCUUUCUAGAGAAGCUAAAGAGAGAUGUGGAGUUCCUAGUACAGCUGAAGAUCAUGGACUACAGCCUUCUGCUGGGCAUCCACGACAUCAUUCGCGGUUCUGAACCGGAGGAGGAGGGGCCUGUGCGGGAGGAGGAGUCAGAGGGGGAUGGGGACUGUGCCCUGACCGGACCUCCUGCUCUGGUGGGCUCCUAUGGCACUUCCCCUGAGGGUAUCGGCGGCUACAUCCAUUCCCACCGGCCCCUGGGCCCUGGAGAGUUUGAAUCCUUCAUUGAUGUCUAUGCCAUCCGGAGUGCUGAGGGGGCCCCUCAGAAGGAGGUGUAUUUCAUGGGCCUCAUUGACAUCCUGACACAGUAUGAUGCCAAGAAGAAAGCAGCUCAUGCAGCCAAAACUGUCAAGCACGGGGCGGGGGCAGAGAUUUCUACUGUCCAUCCUGAGCAGUAUGCUAAGCGAUUCCUGGAUUUUAUUACCAACAUCUUUGCCUAAGAGACUGCCUGACUCCAUGGUGACUGCUGCUGAGGAGCUGGGGGAAGGGUGUUGUUUGCCAUCUUCAGGACCUGACUGGACAGAUGGACCUGGCUCAAGCUGCUACUCUGGAUGCACUUUCCUGUGUGGGAUGAACUAAGAGUGUCUGAAUUUUGCUGAUAACUUUAUAGAGCUCAGUGUGGCACACUUCCUUCCCGGUAGGCACUGGGAUGGAAGAUUUUAAAAAUACUAACAGAUGUGGGUGCAGGCAUGCACACAUACGAUGGGAUAUGGCCAAUCUUAAUGCGGCUGGGGUGGAGAAUGGUGGGCGGGCUGGCAGCUCAUGGAGGUGGGACCUCUGAGGACUCUUGUGAUUAUGCAGGGAAUUGGAGGUCUCUGUUGAGGGUUGACUACUCUCCAGUCUCUUCCCUCACUCCACGUUCACCCCCACCAGAGAUGGCCACAGUGUUGAAUCCUGGGUGAAGGUGUUUGACUGUUGCUGCUCUUCACCAGGACCUCACAUCCCUCCUGGAGCUGGAACCCUUCAUUGGGGGUGUGGCCAGUUCUGGAGGCUGGGAGGAUGAGCCAGGGGUAUAAGGUUCACUCCCCAUGUUAAAUUUCCUUUCUUCAUGUCUAGCCACCCCUAAGGUUUUAGACCCAGCAGAUGGGAAUAUCUCUACCUGGGUUAACCCUGGUUAUUUCAAGAGAACGGAAGUCUCACGUGUGGGAACCUCCGCUACUCCCUGGAAGUGUGCCCCUAGCGUACUUCCCCUCUCCUUCCCAAACCCUUUUUCCAGUUGGAUUUGUUAUUCUGUUCGUCUUAUACUGCUACUGUGUCUCUCAGGGGACAGAUGGCUGCCUUUGUCAUCUUCACUCUCCACCCCCAGAGAGGAGUCAGAGCCAUAACCCGGCCCCCUCCAAAGAUAGUUAAUACGUGAUAUUCUCAGAAUGUAGCAGACCCUGAUGAGCUGAGAUAGUGUACUCCCUUCCCCACAAUGCCCUUGGGGCUCAGGCAGCCAUUCUUCUUGUGAUCCUACAUCUCCCCUGAGGCUUCUGCACUUCUCUAAAACAUAAAGAUGGGCACCAGCGAGUGGCCUGUGGGGUACAAAGACUCUUGCUCUGUAUCUGCGUGGACUGAUCUGUCUCACAGGAAGUCAUGAGGUCAUAAAGGAGAAUUCCUCCUGCCCCUCCAUCUUCUGCUCCAAAGGAAGUGACACGAGGAGUCCCUAGUUAAGGAUUAGAGUCCCUAUAAUAUGUUCCUGUCAGGAGGCUGAUGGAUCUUUUUUAUUCCAACCAUCUACCUUUCCCCUGUUGAAUGCAAUAAAACUCCAUGACACCAGCAACUGUUGUUCUUUAGAAAUGGGUUUUCUGACCAUGUGGCUGAUGUAUCAUAAGCAUUAUGGUCUUCUUCAUUUGUUGCUUCUGUUUUCUUUCAUCUUUUUUGUUUUAUUAAUUAAUAAAAAAGAUCUUGUGUAUUUACUCCCGUUGC